GCAUUGCUAACUCAGCGCCCGGGUGUGGUUUUGGAACUUGUUCCGUGGAGCGUAAAUAGAACUCUGCGUGUUUAUGUACGAGCUGGAAAAAACUACGCGAAACUGGCAACGGGUAAAACUUACAGAAACAGACUGUAAAAACACUCUUUGUGAAUGGGACCCCCCUGAAGGAGGCUGAGAGAGAAACUAGCAGGAGAGUACAAGAGGCAGAAGCCAAGCCCCCCUGAACAAGCAGAAGCUGAGCCCUCGUUGGGGAAUGUCUGCACCCAACAUAACCAUGCCUGUGGACAGGGAUCCCUCUGACUUGGCUAAAGUCCUUCACCUCAUCUUCCUCUCCACGUUCUGGGGCAUGCAGAUAUGGGUCACUUUCAUAGCAGGGUUUGUGAUGGAUAACAACCUGUCCAGACACACCUUUGGAUUCAUACAGAGCAGACUGUUCCCUUUCUACUUCCACAUUGGCUCUGCGUGCGCCUUCUUCAACUUGACCAUCUUUGCCAUGUAUCACCCCAGUGACCUUCUCAGUGAGGAGGAGACCUUCCAGAUCUUCAUCUUCUUCGUGUGUGUCACGGUAGCUGCGGUCAACGCCCAGUGGUUCGGUCAGAUGACCUCGGAGAUCAUGGCUGACAUGCAUCUGAUUGAGCAGGGCUGCGGGCUGGGUCAUGACAUCGGCCUGUCCUCAAACCAAGAGGCCUACGCCAAGCUCAGCGAGACAGACCCCAAAUACAAAAAGCUGGCCAGCCGGCUGACCCUGUACCACAGCCUCUCCUCCCUUUGCAACCUCUGCUGCAUCGUCUGUAACGGCAGCAGUCUCUACUACCUGGCUGCCAACAUGUCCACACUGUAGGGCUGCCCGUCUUUCAUAGGUUUGUGACAGCUGAGAUACACCAAUGAAAUCUCAAUUGUCCACCAAAGUUUUUUGUUUGUAUGCCAUGUAGGAGUUUAAAGAUGAACCGUGUGUGUGUGUGUCUCUCCCCAUGCGAAUGUGCAGUGAAUAUGCUACUCUACAGAAGGUCCAUUUCACAUACCUAAGAAAGCCCUGACAAAUAUGUCAUUAAAAUGACUGUCAUCCUGCUGUUUCAUUUCUUACCUGUGUAAAGCAUCCUGUUGUAUGUGUGUGCUUCUCUAGAUUGUUGUUUACCACUUCCACCAUCACAACUACUCGCUCAGGGACAUGCACAGUAGAGACAAUGCAAAGGAACAGCUAUGCCGGUGAGACAUUGGUAUAUAACUUCACAGAAACCAUGGGAACAGCACUCUAUGCUCUUUGUAUGUUUUGGAACUCCCUUACAUGCCAUUACCCCUCUGAUGUAAAUGCUUUUUCUGGUGGUAGGGCAUAUUUCAGGCUGAACUAAGUCACCUCACAUUUUUUAGGAAUUCUGUUUGUCUGUUCUGCAGGAAACCUUGUGGAUUGUUUUCACAAAGCUGUUGCUUUUUGUUUAAGACUUUAAAUCUUGACAAUGGGGCAUCUCAUAAUAUUUUAUUCAGGAGAAACAUAUCAGAAUCACAUGCUGUCACUCAAAGUGCAUUUUAAAGGGGUGAUGACCAAGGCUUUAAAAUGCAUUUUCUUAUUAGCUAUCAAUAGGAUCACUAGACAUGCCUUUGCUUGUGCUCAAGACCUCUUGGUUUCUUGUUUACUUCAGUUACUUCUGACCCUGAAUGAAGAAGCUACAGUACUGUAUUUGAAAGAUCCCAGCUUAAAGGAGCCAGUGAUAAUGUUGGUAGCAAGCAGAGAAGGAUGUGUAUCUUGUUGACAGCAGCAUCCAAAGCAAAGGUCUGAUCAUGAUAUAACACACUGUAAAAGCAUAAUGUUUGUACAUUAUAGCAGUGUUUAAAUGGUGCUGCAAUAGACCUAAAACAUUUAAAUGAUGAGGCUUUCCAUACAUUAUCUGUUUGAAAAUGUAUGUUUGUACACCCAUAGAAUCCAAUUGUUACAAAAAGUGUGCAUUAUUAAGUUAAAAUUCAGAUAAAUGAUCAAAUGCCAUUAAAAACAAUAAUACAUGAUUA